CCUUGUUGCGACGCCUGGUGAUAGUUUCUUCCGCCAACCACUCGACCAACGCCCAUCGCCCGUCGCCCAGCGCCCAAUUCGACAAUCACGAUGGCCUCCCGCCCGACCGUCACCAUCAUCGGCAAGGAUGGCUCUGCCUCCGGAGCCACCCACACCCUGCCCGCCGUCUUCUCGGCUCCCAUCCGCCCCGACAUUGUCCAGAAGGUGCACACUGGUAUCGCCAAGAACAAGCGCCAGCCUUACUCCGUGAGCGAGAAGGCCGGUCACCAGACCUCUGCUGAGUCUUGGGGUACUGGUCGUGCCGUCGCCCGUAUCCCCCGUGUCUCUGGUGGUGGUACUCACCGUGCCGGUCAGGCCGCCUUCGGUAACAUGUGCCGUUCCGGUCGCAUGUUCGCCCCUACCAAGGUCUGGCGCAAGUGGCACGUCAAGGUCAACCAGGGCCAGAGACGUUUCGCUACUGCCUCUGCUCUGGCUGCCUCCGCCGUCGCUCCCCUUCUGCUCGCCCGUGGCCACCAGAUCUCGACCGUCCCCGAGGUUCCCCUUGUCGUCGACUCUGCUGUCUUCGCCAACGGUGCUGCCGCCAAGACCGCCGCUGCUUUCGCCAUCCUGACCGCUGCCGGUGCCUCCGUCGACGUUGCCAAGUCCAAGGCCUCCAAGAAGCUCCGUGCCGGCAAGGGUAAGCUCCGUGGCCGCCGCCACCGCCAGCGCCGCGGUCCUCUGGUCAUCUACGACCCCGAGGUCGAUGGCCGUGAGCUCGUCAAGGGCUUCCGCAACCUGCCCGGUGUUGAGACCAGCGACGUCUACGCCCUGAACCUGCUCCAGCUCGCCCCUGGUGGCCACCUCGGCCGCUUCAUCGUCUGGACCUCUGCCGCCUUCAAGGCCCUUGACACCAUCUACGGCUCCACCACCGAGCCCUCGGCUCUCAAGAAGGACUUCCUCCUCCCCUCCAACGUCGUCAGCCAGGCCGACCUUACCCGCCUGAUCAACAGCUCCGAAAUCCAGAGCGUCCUCCGCGCCCCCAAGGGCACCUCGCUCACCAAGCGUGCCUCGGUCCAGAAGAAGAACCCUCUGCGCAACAAGCAGGUCAUGCUCCGCCUCAACCCCUACCACGCCACCUUCGUCAAGGACAAGGUUGGUCAGCAGACCGCUGAGGACGGCAAGCCCAAGAAGACCCCCAAGGCCUUCCUGGACAUUGUCCACGAGGACUAAGCGGGUUUUGUUUUGGCGACGAACCACACACCAAAAAAUUGAUUCCUUGCUGAGUGAGCAGCACCGAGUCGACCCAGGGGACGAAACAGGAACAGAGGAUGACCUUGAUGAAUUAGCAAAAAAUUUUGUUACUUUUCGCGGCGUAAUUGGGCUUGGGAAGGUACCACCUUAUGAUAUGAGAAACCACACAACCAUUAUCAUUGCAAAAAAUCCGGACUUCUCACUUCGAGCGUCUCUGUUCCACCCCUCUG